AUGAGCGGCGACGACGCGCCGUUCGACAGGCCGAAGUUGAUCUGCCAGAACUGCGACUUCGCGCACGAGUUCGUUGACACGGACUGGGACGAGCACCUCAAGACGUGCCUCCGCGGGGAGGGCGCCAAGGCCGGCCAGGAGGCCACGGUGAUCCAUGUACAGGAUGGAAUUCGCGGCGCGUUCCAGCUGACGUUUGUUUGUCAGAAGGGGACGACCUUCGGGGAGCUGGAGCGGGGCAUCAGGGCGCUGUGGAUGUCGCCGUGCUGCAGCACGUCCGAGGACAAGCACCCGGGGAUGUUUUGGCUGGACAAGAAGCCCUCUGAGAACAAGUGCUCGCUCCCGGGGGAGCGCUGCGAGGAGCAGCAGGUCGCGUGCGCGCUCGUCGACAGCGCGAAGAUCAAGGGCUUCACGGAGCUGCAGAGCGCCGUCGCGCGCACGUACCCGGAGGAGGCGGCGGCGCAGGCGAUAAUGUCGACGCUCGCCGCGGACGGCCACGUGGCGAUGUCGACGGAGCUGGCCACGCACCUGAUCCACCGGCAGGUCUUCUGCUACCAGUACGGCGACACGGCGUCCUCCACGUUCUGCACCUGCUACGUCGGCGCGCGCGUCGUGCUGGGCGCCCCCGUGUCGUCCGCGCUCAAGCAGUCGCCGUUCGGCGUUCUCGCGGUGGCGAGGAACGCCGUGCCGAGCCCGCUGUGCUUCGAGUGCGCCCAGGACAAGAAGAAGGUCAAGGCGAAGCUCUUCUUCGUGCGCGAGCCCCGCAACGACGGCAUUGCCUCGGCGACGUUCGACGAGUUCUGCUGCACGCAGCACAAGCCGGACGCCACGGGCGCCGUGCACUGGCACUCGCUCUCGAUCAACUCCCCGCGGCUCGGCACGUGCCAGUACGGCGCGUACAAGACGGACAUUUUCAACAAGCGGCGUAUUGCGGGGCUGCAGCUGAACCCCGCGACGACGAGGGGGGCCGCGCGGACCUUCGGAAUCACGCCGAAGAAGGCGGGGGAGGCCGGGUUCGUCGGCGCGGGCGACGCCGGGGACGCGAACGGCGCGGGGAGAGAGAACGGCGCUGGUGCGCGGGGCAAGGGGCACGCGAAGGCGGGCGAGAGCGAGUCGCUGGACGCGAGCGAGGACAGGGCGGGCGCGGGGAAGAAGCGACCGGCGGCGGACGGGCCGAAGCAGGCCUCGUCGGCGAAGAAGCCGGCCAAGAAGGCGAAGGGCGCUGACGGGAAGGGCAAGGGGGGUGGGAGGGCUGGUUCGAAGGACAGCGAGGCGUUCGAGCACGGGGAUCCGGUGUGGGCGAUGGUGCGCGGGUUCGGGUACUACCCGGGCGUCGUGGUGGACCCUGGUGUCAGGGGGGGGGAGUACGUGAAGAAGAACAAGGACCGGAUUGCCAAGGGCAUGAGUCUGGUGCAGUUCCUGGACAAGGACGUGCAGUGGGUGUCGCGGGACAAGGUGUUUCCGCUCGAGGACGAGUGGGACAAGUUCAGCGAAGAGUACGAGCACAACGGGCGGCCCAAGCCGAACUUCGACGAGUGCUUGGCGGAGGCGGAGGCGUGCCGGAAGGACGGGCGGGCGGCGUGGGUGGCGGUGGCGGACGACCCGGAGGGGCAGCUGGGGGGCGUGCGGGCCUCGGGGCUCGCGUUGACGUCGCGAGGGGGCGCCGCGUGA